UAUAUCCAUCUGGUCAACUCGAUUAAUUAAUAUUCUCUCUCCCCUUCUCUGUUCGCUCGCUCUGCUUCAGGGUUCUUGAGCAAAUAUCUUUCACAUUCAUCUGUUGGAUCUUUCUUUGACCUCCUCGACAAAAUGCGUUUCAAUACCAAGGUUGCCUUCGGCCUGUUCUCUGUUGCACUUUUGGGCUUCGGAAACCUCGCUUUUGCUGAUGAGAUUGAUGAUGCCCUUGGAGAUGCUGCUACAUCUUCUGCGACUUCCUCUUCUACCACUGCUGCGAUUGACAAACCUACGUUUUCUCCUUUAGCUAUCCAAGCGCCCUUCUAUGAACAAUUUACCCCUGGCUGGGACUCAAGGUGGAAAGUUAGCCAUGCUAAAAAAGAGAAUGACAAGACUGGUGAUGAAGAAUGGACAUAUGUUGGCCAGUGGGCUGUCGAAGAGCCUACGGUCUUGAAGGGGAUUGAGGGUGAUAAUGGACUUGUUGUCAAGAAUGUUGCUGCUCAUCACGCUAUUUCUGCCAAGUUCGAUAAGCCUAUUGACAACAAGGGUAAAACUUUGGUUGUUCAAUACGAGGUUAAGCUACAGGGGGGUUUGGAGUGUGGUGGAGCUUAUCUCAAGCUUCUCAAAGAAAACGCUGACCUCCACGCGGAGGAGUUUUCCAAUGCCUCCCCUUAUGUUAUCAUGUUUGGUCCUGAUAAGUGUGGCGCUACCAACAAGGUUCACUUCAUCUUCAAGCACAAGAACCCUAAGACUGGCGAGUACGAGGAGAAGCAUCUCAUGAGUCCCCCCAUGGCUCGCAUCUCCAAGCAAACUACUCUAUACACUUUGAUCGUCAAUCCCGAUCAAACCUACGUUAUCAAGAUGGAUGGUAGCCAGGUCAAGAGUGGUUCUCUAUUUGAGGAUUUUGCACCUUCGGAUUGGGAUGAAAAUGCACCAUACGAGAUCGUCGACGAGGAGGCUGAGAAGCCUGAGGACUGGUUGGAAGAUGAGCCGGAAUUUAUUCCCGAUCCCGAGGCUCCAAAUCCUGCAUACAAGGGCAAGUGGUCUGCACCAAUGAUCGACAAUCCAGAUUACAAGGGCCCUUGGGCUCCUCGUAAGAUUCCUAACCCGGAUUACUUUGAAGAUAAGACACCAUCAAACUUCGAGCCCAUGGGUGCUAUCGGUUUCGAGCUCUGGACCAUGACCAAGGAUAUUCUCUUCGACAACAUCUACAUUGGUCACUCGAUUGAGGAUGCCGAGAAACUCCAGAAGGAGACUUUUGAUGUUAAGAAGAAGAUUGAGCAAGAAGAGGAUGCUGCAUCGGCCCCCAAGAUUCCCGAAGCCCCCAAGGCUCCUGGUGAGACUACCUUCAAGGAGGAUCCUGUUGCUUUCGUCAAGGACCACCUUGAGAUCUUCUUCGCCGCGGUUCAGAAGGAUCCCGUCUUUGCUAUCAAGGAGUUCCCAGCUGUUGCCGGUGGCCUCACUGUAUUCUUGGCCUCUUUUAUUGCGCUUCUCUUCAAUUUGAUCUUCUCGGGAUCAUCUCCGGCACCUGCUCCCAAGGCCGCUGCUGCUGAUGGAAAGGGCAAAGCGGAGGCUACUUCUGAGGGCUCCUCGACUGAGAGCGAGAAGCCCAAGGCUACCAGGCGAACAUCAAAAAAGGCGGAAUAGAUUCGGCUCUGUAAAUUGCUAUAAUUCUUUCGUGUAGGGCAUCUUGAGAGAUGAUCGGAUGGAUGUAUUCUUUUUUUAUAUUUUUACUUUCCUACCAUUUUUCUUUCGUCGCUAUGAUCUACGGGAGUGCGUGAUUGCUGGCGAGGGUUCCUUUUUUCUAUUUCCUUCGGGAUCAUUGAGGGUUUAAAGUUGCGGUUUCUUGUUUUUUCCUUGUCAACGGGAUAUUUCUUUCCCAAUUGGCUCUGUAGCUUUAGGUUUUUCCACGAGUGCGAAUCAAAAGUGAUGCUAUUACGUUUUAA